AUGAACACCGCUCUUUCCAAGAUCGCUACCUUCAGCCGCCGCUUCUCUCCCCGUCGCGAGCGCGCCACCGCGGAUUUGCGUGCCAGUCAGGAAGAUACUCUCGCCCUAAACCAGGCCACUCAGAGACCUUCUCCAGCCGUUGGGAGCGGCGAUCACCUGCCGCGGGUCGUCGAAGCAUGGCGCCCGAUGGAGCAGAAGGACAUCAACAGGCUCCGGCGACGCCACGGGAAUUCGGAAAAGUUCCGCGAGUGCCUCGAAUGGGAGCAGACCCACGGCGCGUUCCUGUUCCAGCACUUGCAGCCCCCGAUCGAGGAGUGGGAGGCGCUCACCGAGUCUGAGCGAUUCCUUCGCAGCUUGGACUUCGUCGGCGAGAGCCGCCACGGCUGCGUGUUCAACGUGUUCGUGCAGGUGCCGCAUCCGGACGACCUGUACCGACAGUGCCUCUAUAAGCACAUGGUGAUCGAGUCGGCGCGUUUGAGGCGGGAGUGGGCCGAGCAGCUGAAGAGCGAUCCGCUGUUUUUCGGUCAGACGGGCAGCGAGGGGCGGCGCUCGUUGCGGUCCGAUUCCGAGGUCUCCGAGAUCGAACUCCCCAAGGCGGCCUCGCACGACGACGAAGGCCUCAGCGAAGGCCAGCAGGCGCUCCGCGACACGUACGACGAGAUCGCCGGCUUGCAGAAGAGCAUGGACGAUUUCGAGGAGGAGGAAGAUGCGCCGACCGAGGAGACCGUGGACGACGGUGUCAGCGAGGGCCAGCGGGAUAUGCAGGCUAUGCUGGACGAUAUCGCGGACUUGCAGAAGAGCCUCGAGGCCGAUGCCGAGGAGCGGGACUCCUACGCACGCGCCAAGAAACUCUACCCGGGUCACGUCGCCGACAUCCACACCGGCGAGCCGUCGCGGGGCCUCCCCGCGCACACGACCCUGACGGCGAUUUCGGAGAACGUGGACGCCGGGCUCCUGAACAGGAGCGAGGUCGGUUCUCCCAUCAAGUGUGUCCGGCACUCGCGGCGGCUGUCCAAGGUGAUGGAACAGGAGAACGGCGGGUCGGGGUCGUUCAUCGCUCGCCCUCGGGCUCGGUCUUCGGUUCAGUUUUACAUACCUCGGAGCCCGGCGAUGAACUUCAGCCGGCACUUCUAA